UCGGCGAAUCAAGAGUUCCUUUCAUCCGUAGUACCCGGAUUCACCCGUAGGGAAAUUAGCUACGUCAUUGUUCACGGACUGACUACAGCUGGAAAUAAUACAUGGACAUGCACGUAUAAUAAUAUAUUUAUAAAAAAAUACAGCAAUGAACAAUGACCAUAGUUGACAGAUCUUCAGAGAAAUCUGACCUAGAGUCAGUCGGGUGCAAGCGCUCAGGAUCGCUGAACUUUCCCGGCGGUGACGGGAACGGGAUGGACAGUGGCUGCUCCAGCUGGGGGGCGGGGGGCCCCUCGUCCUCCGACACCCCCAGGGUGAAGACAGGGGGCUGCAUGGGUCCCACCCCUGGAGCCACAGUCAACAGCAGCAGUGCAGACAGGCCCAAGGAACAAGUGGUGCUGACCAGUGGGGACGGCAUCGCCCUGCCCCAGAAGGUGCUGUUCCCAGCCGAGCGGCUCAGCCUGAAGUGGAACCAGGUCCACCGCAUCGGAUCAGGUCUCCAGAACCUGGGAAACACCUGCUUCCUCAACUCUGCUCUGCAGUGUCUCACCUAUACCGCUCCCCUCACUAACUACAUGCUGUCCCGGGAGCACUCUAAAACAUGUCAUGAGCCUGGGUUCUGUAUGAUGUGCACAAUGCAGAAUCACAUCACCCAGGUCUUCGCCAACUCUGGGAAUGUCAUCAAGCCCAUCGGAGUCCUCAACGAGCUCAAACGGAUUGCAAAGCAUUUCCGCUUUGGCAGCCAAGAGGAUGCCCAUGAGUUCCUGCGGUACACAGUGGACGCUAUGCAAAAGUCCUGCCUGCCUCUAAACAAAUUGGACAGGCAAACGCAAGCAACCAGUUUCAUCCAUCAAGUCUUUGGAGGGUAUCUACGGUCCAGAGUAAAAUGUUUCAACUGCAAAGCGGUCUCUGACACAUUUGACCCUUAUUUGGAUGUUGCUUUGGAAAUAAAGACUGCUCCCAGUAUCACAAAGGCUCUGGAACAGUUUGUUAAGCCUGAGCAGCUAGAUGGAGAGAAUGCCUACAGAUGCGCUAAGUGUAAGAAGAUGGUUCCAGCCUCUAAGAGAUUCACCAUCCACCGCAGCGCUAAUGUGCUCACCAUCUCACUGAAGCGAUUCGCCAACUACAACGGGGGCAAGAUCGCUAAGGACGUAAGGUAUGCUGAGUGCCUAGACCUGCGUCCCUUCAUGUCUCAGUCCCACGGCGAGCCCCAGGUCUACGUGCUCUAUGCUGUCCUGGUGCACUCUGGCUUCAGCUGCCACGCUGGACACUACUACUGCUACGUCAAAGCUAGCAAUGGCCAGUGGUACCAGUUGAAUGACUCCUCUGUGUUGGUCAGUGACAUCAGGUCAGUCCUCAACCAGCAGGCUUACGUUCUCUUCUACAUCAGGUCACCUGAUCUGAAGAAUGGAGGGGACUACAAUCACACGUGCCGGACCGCGGGGCCCCUCGGCCAGUUGUCCCCCCGCCCCAUUCUCACACCCCGGGUCAACAUUGGGCCACGACACACCAGCACUGGUUUCAUAGGGCCACAGCUGCCCUCACACAUGGCCAAGAACAUCUUUCACGUCAAUGGGAACGGCUCGCUAAGGGACUACCCCUCUGGCUCUAAGCCCAGCACCAGCAGUGACAACAGCAUGGGCAAGACUAGCUACAGCCCGCUCGCCACCUCUUCCUCCCAUCCUCUCAACCGUCCCACAGGCAUCCCUGACCCUGCCAAGCGCCAGAAGCUCUCCUUCUUCAUCGGUCAGGGCAAACAGAUCCGCCCCUCAUCAUCCUCUUAUGCCCAGCCGUCCUCUUCGUCACAGUCUACAUCAGACAUGUCUACGCCCCGGGAUCCUCGCAUUAAUGGCACUCCCUCCGUUAACAGAAACGGUCACGGGGCGUCGUUCCUGGUACCGUACGGCCAGGAGUCGUCUGAGGAGUCGGACCAGGAGGGAGGCAGUGGUCUGGGGAACGGCACGGCUAAGCCUCACGUUAACGGGAGGAAGGGAGAGACAGUCUACGGCCCCGUCCCCAGAGUGCUGACCCUCAAGACCAACGGCAUCGGUAAUGGCCAGGCUACCAUGCACCGUAACGGGACCAACAGCUUCUCCAAACUCAGUCAGAACGGACACCACAACAUCAAACACCCUGAGAAGAUCCACGGUAACGGUCAUGCGAUGUCGCCCGGUUUGGGUUCCAGCAUGUCUAAUGGGGCGGAGGCUCACCACAGUGGCCCAAGCAAAGAGGUGUAUUGCACCACCCCCAGCCAGGCCAGCACCUCUCAAGGCCUGCACAGUGCCGACAUCGACAGCCGCCUCUCCCUCACCCCAGAGAAAAAGGCUAAAACUCACUCUGGCCCCCUCCCUCACCACGUACCAGCAACCGCUGCUAAACCUCCAUCCACAUUGGCUGAUGUUGGAGCUAAACCACUUACCGACGCCUUGAGAGAAUCCAGCUCCAACCCUGGGGUCUUAUUCCUCCAGCCCACCCCCCGCUCCCUCAGUACCCCAGUCCUCUCUGGACCAGGCCUGGGAGCCACAAAAGAUCUCGGAGCCCCACACAGGGGAUCUGGGGAGGACGUCAGGGAGACCCAGAACAGCCCAGCUGUAGGGCUGGAUGGAAAGCCCAGCUCCAGAGAUGGAAGAGACCAGAUGUACUCUUCCGAUCGGGAGGAGAAAGGCGGGUUGAACUCUUCCGAUCGGGAGGAGAAAGGCGGGUUGAACUCUUCCGAUCGGGAGGAGAAAGGCGGGUUGAACUCUUCCGAUCGGGAGGAGAAAGGCGGGUUGAACUCUUCCGAUCGGGAGGAGAAAGGCGGGUUGAACUCUUCCGAUCGUGAUCGAGACCGGCUGUACUCUUCUGACCGGGAUAAAGACGGAGAAGGGGAUAGGUACCACCGGGACAGGAGCCGUGAACACAACCGGGACCAUGACUCAGACCACUACCGCCACCGGCGAGACCACCGAGACAGAGACCACCACCGGUCGUACCGGGACCGCUCGCUCAGCCGGGACAGACACCGGAACUGGGAGUCUGAGGCAUUCCUCUCACAGCGACGCUAUCACCCCAGAGAGAGGGACAGGGACCGCUGUCACCACCAUUACCACCACAGAACGAGUAAGGACAGGAAUAGGGACAGGAGGGAGCACAGCCACCACAGCCUCCCACACAGAGAGGAGCCUCAUGGACGCUCAAGGUGGAGGGAUGAAGGUAAAGAGAGGUGUUACUACCCUUCACAGGAGGCCCCUCUGCCCACCCCACUGAGCUCCAGCACUAAGCCCAGUCAGUCCCUCCCAGCCCUUUCCCCAGCCCUGGUGAAACGACCCGAGCCUCACAGAGAGGAGAGAAAGGACAGCUCUGAGGAGCGUCGGGCCAAGAAACCCAAGAAGAGCAAGAAGAAGAAGUCCAAGGACAGAGAGAGGCACCGAGAGAAUAGGACCUUUGACGUGAAUUCCUCUGACAGGGCAGCCGACGGCAGCAGUUCCUCCAAACACAACAAAAGUAGGAGGUACGACACUGACAUGGAGGAUGAGAUCCACUCUACCCAGAGUCCCGAGGGGCACCGUGACCCCAAUGCCCCCCGGGAGGGUCGCAGGGCAAGCAGCAGCGACGAUGAGAGGGCGAGCAAGAAGCGACGUUACCAGGACGAUGGCUAUGACAACAGCUACCCUAAGAAACGCCAUCGCGCUGAUGACAACGACCGCUCCUUCUCCUCUCGUGAUGGAUCACCAACAGCAGCUCCUCAAAACGCAUCGCACUGCCACUUCAACGAACACACAGGUAAUGGCUUAGGUCAACCCAAUGGAAACUCCCACGAAUGUUCUACCAAUGGACUGUACAAUGAACUUAGACAGUAGAUUUUCUCUGUUCGACCAGAGACACAGAACAAUACUUGGAAUACUUUAAAUAUCAACCUUUAUAUAAAAGUGAAAUUCAACAGCAACAGGAAUGUCAUCCCGAAUAUUUGAACGUGGUGCUGUAUUAUUGGGAAUAUACUGUAUUUUUACCACAUGAGAAAUUAACAUUCUACUAGAUUCUUUUUUUAAAUAGAUUUUUUUCAACUUCACUCGUCACUCAAUGUACAUUUAUGAUAAAUAAUUAACAAAAGAAUAAGCUGCACAGUGGAAGACUCAGGACUUUGUUCAAACGAGACGUAUUCCUCCUCGGAGAACUGAUCAACUGGUUAAAUAAUCCAAAAAGAGGAAGACGAAUAGUUUUCUUGCCUAGGAGAUGACCUGUUUGGUAUGACAUCAGUUGGCUGCAAGUUUGUCACCAUUAUCUGUAUAGGUGGAGGUAUAAAACCUCUCUCUGAUGGAGGGAAAUGUUAUUGAGUGAGUAGUGUCUGAAGGAGAAGGAGCUGGCCUGGUGUGACUACGUGUGCACUUAACACAACUCCACCUACCCUGGAGACUUCGGGACAGCUCUUUGUUACUUUCGAAAGCCUAAGAUCGUCUCCCUCCCUCAGCAUCUUGCUCUCACUGAGAUGUCCAAUUCUUUUAACUUGUUAUUCAAGCAUUAAAAAAAAGCUGAACAAUAAUCAUGUUCUCUUUAUGGCUUUGGACCUGUGUUUCUGCUUUAAAAAAAAAUGUUUUCUAGCGUCCAUAAGAAAUACUGUGAAUUAAAUUUUGAACUGUACUAUCAGUUUACAUAAGUCCUGUAUCAGGAAUAGUUUUGUUUUAGAGAUUUACCACGAUGUAAUUUAGACCUUGUUCUAAAUUGACACAAGUCAGUGAAAUAGUUAGAAUGGUUUGCUUGGUUCUUUUUCUACCUAAAAAGUCAAAUGGUCAUGUUAACACAUUUUUAGUUCUACAAUAGCAUGUCAAAUUUAUACAUUGUACAAGGUAUAUAAAAAGGCGUAAAUACA